UAUGCAAAUUACCGGCCAUCUUAAUUGUUUACAUGAACUUAGUACCGUGAUCCUUUUUGUCUGAAGUCCGAAACACAUUUUCACACGGAAGAAGAUAAACCCAGGAGUACAUAACACGUGGCAGUUGUACAGAGGACUUUGAUAUUUACGACGAGACAGAACGAGCUGAAAACAACAUCUGAAACCGAAAACUCUGAUCACAAGGACGACAUAGUGACAUAGCUAGCCAGUAUAAGCUGCAGUUUACGAGUCAGUUUCUCAACGUGUUUAUCUAGCAGGCAAACCAAAGCAAACAUUCAGAAAUUGAGUAAGAGUAAGAUAUGGUUGGCCGUUGUGUUUCGUUUUUUAUCAAAGAACUUCAAAUCGUGACGAKAGUAAACUUCCUCUGUAAACUAUGACGGCCAACAAUGUCAUGCUUACAGUCUGUUCGUCUACAAGUGACUUUUCGAUCUCUUGUUGCCCUUGUGGCUAUAAUUCUUAUCGUUGCAGCGUUCAGAAAUGAAAUACGAGAUUUCUACCAUCCUUGGGCGACGUAUAUACACUGUAAAGUUGCCGAAGCUGUUGAUGAUAAACAGGGCUCAAAGAGAAUUYUAUUCUAUACAACAUGGUUUGGUAGAGCUAAAUGGCCUGCYGCUAGCGAGCCGAGGCUGCCAUGUACUCACAAAUGCUUGAUAAYUUACAACAAGUGCGAGUUGCCGUUCAGCGAUGCAGUUGUCUUUCAUGAAAAMGACCUUAAUUUAGGACGUAUUGGAUUAARACGAGUAGGAGAGUACUUGAGACGAGAUCCACACCAGAGAUGGGUUUAUUAUACGCACGAAAGUCCAGAAAAUGUCAUCCAUGAUCCUGCUCAAUUUGAUGGGCUUUUCAACUGGACGAUUACGUACAAAUUGGACUCAGAUAUAUUUUAUCCUUAUCGCCAUUACAGCUCUUUAGAAUUUAAAGAAAAUAAUACUUAUAAAACCAAUUAUACCAAGGGAAAGGACAAGCUUAUCGCUUGGGCAGUGAGCCACUGUGGAACUGUUAGRGAUAAAGUUGUAGAAAAAAUCUUGAAGUUUCUUCCGGUUACAGUUAUAGGGCGCUGCAGCCACCUAUUCAAUCAAGUCACUCCAGAAGUUUGCAAGCAGCGAUCAUCAAAGUGUUCAUCUUAUUUGAAAAGAUUCAAGUUCUACCUUGCCUUUGAAAAUGGACUGUGCAUUGACUACAUAACGGAAAAAUAUUGGAGCAAUCCACAUAACCACAACAUGGUCCCAAUUGUUUUGGGCUCCAAUUAUGAUGCUAAGGUUGCUAUACCUGGUUCAUUUAUUAACAUUCUUGAUUUCCCGAGUAUGAAAGCUUUCUCUGAUUACAUCAAGUAYUUGGACAAAAAUAACACUGCUUAUAAUGAAUAUUUUAGCUGGAAAGCAAAGUUCAAGUUGAUCGAUUCUGAAUGGCUGUGCAGAUUAUGUGUUAAUCUUUAUAAUGACUCGCUGCCAAGGAAGGUUUACACAAAUUUAGGGGCCUACUGGGGAGUUCAGAAUAAUUGUCACAGGAAUCAGGCGAAACUUUUGCGUCUGUUGCAUUGACGCUUGAUCUCGAUCACACGUGCAAUAUAGACCAUUAUGCGCGUAGCGUGCAUAUACGCACGUGCGUAUUAGCGGCAAGGAAAUAUUACAAUUUUCGAGAUUUGAUGCAUUUUAUAUGCUCUGGAUGUCCCUCAAAACGCUGGAAAUCGCAUUGCCAAGAGUUGUUAUUUCAAAAUUUCCUAGAGGAGGACCCCAGAUCCCCGUUAAUACUCCCGCCUUCGCCCGUCAUCCCCCCACCCUAAUUUAGAAUGUGUUGAGGUCCCUGACAUGUGUUUACUAGCCAGAAAGUCCACGGUACGUGCCUGCAGAUGACACUCUACAGUGGGACACAAAGAUGAUAAAUAUGCAAUGCUAAUGCAUGUCAUUAUCUUAAGGCUCACAAAAUAACAUUGGAGAUUACUUGAGCGUACACAAAAAAGUGCGAGGACUUCCAGUGCGAGGUCGUCCCUUCACUGCACAUUGACUAUUUUAUCUCGCUCAUUCCCUGAUGAUGCUGUAGACAGCGAAAGCUUGGAACAAUUUAUUGUAAAUAAGAUCUACAACCAGCAGCUUCGGUUAAAUUUUGUACUUUCUACUUCAUUGGCUAUUCGUUUUUAAAAGUUACCAUAUAUUCUGAUUGGCUACGCUAUUCGGGGUCUACUUUGCAAUAGUCCUCGACUAGCGAAAAGCGACAACUUUCUGCGUAUUUUUAGCAAURACAACAUUUAGUUAUUUAUAUAUUUCAUUCAUUUUUUUGUCCAACUAGUAUGGUAAUACUAAAACAAUGAGAUCUCGAGGGCGAGUGGACUACGAGCUGAUAGCCCAUAAGGCCGAAGAUCUAAUAGUCAYCGUAUUAUGAUCUAAUAAGGUAGCCGUGCCUUUACAUCGAAGCGAGACAACCGUUGAGCGUGUAAUGAUAGAAACCUGUGAAUAAUUGUCUGUAGGUGUGAAAGAAGGUUUCUAUCAUUGCACACUCAACGGUUGUCUCGCUUCGAUUCAAAGGCACGGCUACCUUUCAAGAUGGCGCAGGUAUAACCGUGAAGAAGACUAUUGUUAAAUAACAAAAUUGAGCCGUUUAGUUAGCAAAGCAUUCAGUUUUGUUUGAAUGAUUAAGUAUGCUGUUUUAUUAAAAAUACUAAUAAUUAUAUUUACAGAGGUAACAACCAAUAUACUUUAUAUUGAUAUUAAAAAACGAAAACUUU